CCGCGUCCUCCCCGCAGCGCCGCGGCCGCCGGAGCAGUUUUGGGGUCUCGCCAUGAGCAGCUCCCUGGACCUGGACCAAGCGCCCACCCUGGACGAGCUCCUGAGGGGCUGCGUCGAUGCCUUCGACGCGCAGGGGAAGGUCCGGGACCCCCAACUCGUCCGGCUCUUCCUGGCCACCCACCCCUGGUACCUGCCCCAGGCCGAGGUGGCCGCCAAGCUGCUGGCCCUGGUGCAGGAGUCGGGGGGCUCGGCCGAGGGUCCCACCCUGCGCCUCAAGGUCGCACACUUGGUCCGGUACUGGGUCCGGGCCUUCCCGCGGGAGCUCUCGGGGGACCCCCAGGUUUUGGGGCGGCUCCGGGAAUUGGGGGCGGCGCUGGGGGGGGACCCCGAAACCCCCCUGGGCCUCGAGACCCUCCCCGAGGAAGGUGACGAGGCCGAAGGUGACGAGGCCGAAGGUGACACCGGGGGGGUCCCCGGGGGUCGCCCCCCGGGGGGGCCCGGGGGGGUCGUGCCCGCCCCCCGCGCGCGGUUCUCGAUGCUGCUGGAGCCGCUGGAGCCCCCCGAGCUGGCGCUGCUGCUGACGCACCUGGAGCACCGCGGGUUCGCGCGGCUGCGCCUCGGUGACAUCCGCUCCUUCGCGCGCUCCGCGGGCACCUGCAGCUCUGCCCCCCUGCGCCGCCUGGUGGCGCUGUCCAACGGCCUCUCGCGCUGGGUGCAGCUGCGCGUGCUGCGCCCCCCGACGGCCCCGCAGCGCGCGGCGGCGCUGGGGCAGUGCCUGCACCUGGCACAGAGCCUCCUGGAGCUCCGCAACUUUAACUCCCUCCUGGCCGUGGUCGGGGGGCUCGGCCACGGCUCCAUCGCGCGGUUGCGCCGGACCCUGGUGCUGCUGACCCCUCCCCUCAUCCAGCUGUGGGCGCAGCUGGCCGAGGCCGUGGGCUCGGGGGGGAAUUACCGGGGGUACCGGGCGUUGCUCGGGGGCGCGGGGGGCGCGGGGGGGUUCCGGGUGCCGGCGCUGGGGGUUCACCUGCGGGACCUGGUGGCGCUGGAGGCGGCGCUGCCGGACUGGGGGGGCCCGGGCCGCCCCCACCCCCACAAACUGCGGGCGCGCUUCGCCCUGCAAGGGGCGCUGCUGGCGGGGCGAGAACAGGGACCCCCCGGGACCCCCCACCCCGACCUGCUGCGGCUGCUGGAG